CUUCUCCAAAAUGGAUAGUCUACUAUGGGUAUCUUUCAAAUAGUGUGCGAAAUGAAAUUUGUUGCACAUCUUCCACGAAACCCAUGCAGUCUUGGUUCAAAUGGUUUUGAAAGCGGCUUCACAUCUUACGCGAAGAUUGUUAUCAUCGAGAUAUUUCUGUACUUGCUUGUUCUGUUCUGAUUGUUGCUUGUUUUCCUGGGGUCUAUCAUGUAGCUCUUUCCGUAAAGCCAAAAUCUGCUCUUGUUGGUUACGCACAGGUGAUUCAAGGGAUAUAAUGCUUGUAGAGAAAUGUUGACAGAUUAAGAAUACCGGUUCGACGAUGCGUCCGAUUCGCUUAAUUCGAAUA